CUUGUUUCGGUUGCUGAAGCUUAUCCAUCGUUUUCCGAAAGCCCACUGAGAUUCCGUGAUGACAUUCACAACAUCUCGCGACUGUGAUUACUGAGCCAUCUAGGACCCGACAACCACGAUCCCCGCUUAAAGCCACUUAUACUUACUGGACCCUGGAUCUCGUCGAUUCUCAUCUUGUCCAAGAACCCGCGGAUGGCCAACUGAACGUCGCUUCAUUCGCCUCGGUCAUACAAACCACAUUCGCAAUCCCAGGUGAGACUACUACCGCCGCCAUGGAUGUGUCGAAGAACGAGUUGCAUCUCCUCGGCCUGCCCCUUGAAAUCCGCCUCCAGAUAUACGGCUGGGUCCACGUGGCACAUCCAGUUGAGCACGCGCAGCUCGCGCCGUGGUAUCCGAAUCCAAUACAUAGUGCGUACUUCUUGAGGCCCGUCAACCCCCCCGGAGUGGAAACUGAGGAUUGUGCCGUACCAGGGAAAAUUGUGAAAGCCAUUGGCCAACCCGCAGGACAAGAGGACGAUUCCAACAGAGACCAAAAGUCUGAAGAGCCAUCGCUGCUAUCACCAAACCGUCCAAUCUCUGGUAUCCCCUCGGCGCUCCUGGAGACCAAUAGGCAAAUCUAUAACGAGUGCCGGUCCUACCCCUUCCAUACCAACGAGUUCGUCUUUGUCAACUGGUUUUCUUCGGGGCUCUGGGCGGCGCGAGCCUUCACACGCGGUCUGCGGCCAUGGCAACGGGAUGAGAUGCGGUGGGCGAGGCUCGAGAUGCUCGGGCGCGACUUUACGGGCCCAGCGCUGAAGGAGUGGACUGAGUUGUGUGAGCAUUGGGCCUCCGGGCUGCGGGGACUGAGGCUCAAGAUCCUGAUAGGAGGUGGGAUAUUCGAACCCACUGCCCCCUUUUCCGCGCUGAAAAACAAUGCAGAGGCCCAGGCCAUGGGGCUAGGCUCCAAGACGACACGGCCCGAUGGCAGGCCAGAAUGGAUCGAGGAAGGGCUGCGAAAGCUGAGGGCGUUGAGAAGGCUGGAGGUGGAGCUUUCGGUGCUGGAUUGGGGUGAUGGGGAAAAGCUCGAGUGGUGUGCUGAGCUUGGGAAGAUGCUCAACGUCGGUAAGGAUGGGGAGGAUAGCCUCGUUGUGGUGAGGUGUGUUGAGAAGCUCGAGGAGGAUAAUGGGUCGAAAAGCAUAGACUGGGAUAUAUGGCUUUCAGGGUGAUGGCUGUUGGCUAUUGACACUCAAAAUCCAAGCCACGAAUGACGAGAGAGGAGUCAGAUUCUUGGUCCUUGGGAUGAAGAGGCGAAGAUAUAGUCGAAUGGAAAUAUGGUCACGGGAUGAGGCGCCUGCCGUUCUGGAGAUGCAACUGGGAGUAUGGCAUCAGGCAUUGUACAGUCUGGGUUAUGGUUAUUAGGAAUGGG